UCAGGCACUGAAAAAAAAAGAAAUUAUAAUGUACUCAGUCUGAUGCUCGUUCCCCUGUCUGUUUGUUUUAUCCAAGGAGAUCAAAUAUGGGGUAUUCAACAGAAAAAUCCAUUAAUGGCGUCCUUUUGAAUGUUUCCAUGUUAAAGUAUGCAAUUAUUACGGUGUCUCUACCAGCAGUGUCACUUUUUGUAUGUUUUGUAACAGCAUUUCUAUGGAGGUUCGAUGACGUAAAUGAUACACAGUGCAAUGUGACCAACUUCAUUCCAUCCAUCAGUGCUGUAACUGGCAUAACGCCGCAGACCUACCUGUGGCGAGUGGGCGUCGCCCUUCACUCCACUCCAAGGUUUAUCGUUGCGAUUAUGUACUACAACUACUAUGCGUCCAGAAUUGACAACAUCAGCAAGAAGUAUCAAAAUCUUUACAGCAAAGUAAUGCGGUUGAACUUUUGGUUAAACAUUAUAGAGAAUUCAUCUCUAGUUGGUGUGACCUACAUAACCAAUAGGGAAAAUUACCCUGUUCAUGAGAAGAUCUUCAUCGUUUUCAUGGUGGCAUCAUUGUGCUAUAUGUUAGUGAACACUAUUCUGUUCCGAUGGUCUCGCUCCUCCAAUGUUCUUAAGGGUGAUGAACUUUAUUCCUACACCUGGAAGAAGAUCAUGUUUGUUUCUAUUUGUUCAGCAACCAUUGGUCUUCUCUACUUUUUCUAUCUUCAUAGAAGAUUUUGCGAACCAGGAGCUUUUAGCUGGUUCUCAUUUUGCGAGUAUGUGAUUGCUUACACCAACAUGGGCUACCACCUGACGGCAUACUAUGAGUUCCAGGACCACACCAUCAUGUGUGCCUCGGCCGCUUCCUCCCAGACCAACGGAACGCUGCUGCAGAACACCGACAAGAAAAAGAAAUAAUUGAAAUGCUUUGUUGAGCAUUUGUCUAUCUCAGGGCUCAUACUGCAGAUGCUUACUCGGUUAUCACAGAUGUUGUAAUCAACACUACAUUCAGUAGUUAGUUAAUUUACACAUGCACGUUAUUGUCAUAAUAUGAUUAACUCCUAGGGACCAGAAGAAACGGGUGAAAGCAAGUAUUGGUUAUGUGAGCAACUGAAUGCAUGUCAACAGUAUUUCUUAGCUAGUAGACAAUAUUCAAUAACCAUCGUGUAACUGUAAAAACCUGUUUCUAAAGGCCACCUACAGAAUGUACCAGUAUACCAUUGUGAUACUGAGAUCCAGAAAACAAUAAUCUUAACCUCUUCCUAAUGUUUCUAAGGUAAAAAUAAAAAUUAAGUUUGUCCCAACCUGACCGACCCACAAAAAUUGACGUCUUUUGGGGAAUUAGUUUUUUGGGGUUUUUUUUAGUACUAUUGUCAUAUAUCUGUCGAAUAAACAUUAAUUUCUUUUUUAAAUACCCACCUAUCUACCUACCCACAUUUGAAAUUACAGGUCAGAAAUCGACAAACAACAUUUUUAAGGAUGGCCUAAGUAGUUUAUUACAUCAUUUAACUGAUAAUUUUAAAAUUAAAUAUAGCUUUCUAAAAAUUCAUUGUGAAUCAGUUUUCAUGUUUUAAAUAUUACAAUAUUUAAUUAAUGAUUUUGAUAAUAAAUACAGCUUUUAAAAACCGCACAUUCAGGGCGACCAACCUAAUGAAAAUAUUUUUCUGGAAUUUUCUGAUAUUUUAAUUUUUAUGUGCGUGAACACAAUAUUCAAAACAAUAUUUUAAAGUGUGCGAAAAUGUCAUUUUUAUAAAAGUAAUUUUAAGCAGUGCGAAAAAUGUCAUGUUUCACAUACAUAUAUAUUUGCAAAAUGGCAAUACAAAUGAGUAUAUUAUUAUUUAUAUCUGAAUUAGAACUUCCUCAUAAAAAGACACCAUCACCACCACCCCACCUCACACCUACACAUACCAAAAAUCAUCAACAAGUUCACACAAAACCCCACUUUAUUACCAAAUAUUCUAUUACAGUUUAAGACUCCCACCUACAGAUUAGCAAUAAAGUGACAAACAAACUUGGGACAAAUGUUAAGUCUGGCUGCCGUUUUGCAUUAUGCUUACAUUACUAUUACAGUAACACUUUUGGGGAGCCAGUGUACAGAACAAAUUGCAUUAUUAUUUAACUUAUUUGAAUAAAAUAAUAUCGGUAGGUAUAUUAAUGUCAUGGAUGCGUCAUAUAAUAGAUUAGUGGUGGCCAAAUAUUAUUUAGUCAAAUGUUGCAUGUGAAAGACAAUGGAAAGAAGAUAAUUGUCAGUAGACCUUGGUAAUGGCACAAAACUAGACAAAACAGAACUCGGCUUAAAAUGAGUGAUAAAGAUACAUGUAUUUAAUUAUAAGAAUAUAGAAUGUAAUAAGAAUUAGAUGCUUUAAAAAAAAAAAAAAUGGAGUGAAAUUGAAAAAAAAUCCGGAUAUUUCGGCAUCAAUUCCAGAAUUCCAAGUAUGUGAUGACAAUUCCGGAUUUUUCAGAAAAUUCCGGAAAGUUGGUCGGCCUGCACAUUUAUUGCUAGUCAAUUACCACAUUAAAAAAGACACCAUUUAAUGAGAAUCAAUUUCCACAUAAUAUAAUAACACCAUUAACAUCUAAUGUGCUAUUUUUAUGUAAUUUGACAGAAAUUGUAGCAACUAUUCAUCUUUGUAUGAUUGUUAAUAGCUAGAGAAUAAAUUGACCAGUGGGUCUUUAUUUUGCUUUAAAAAUGAAUGUGAUGGUCUAACUGAAUGAAAUUAACAAACCUAGACAACAACACAUUCACUAAACAUAAAAAUAAACCCUUAUCAGGGGUGGGAAUUCUCCUCGGAUCUGCAGUUUUCCUCUCAUGGAACAUUGCGAUUCCUUGAAUUUUAAUUAUUUUUGCUUCCAAAAUGUGUCUGAUGACACAGAUUUUAACCUAGGAUUUCAAGAAUUUCCCGGACUCCUCUAGAUUUCCUCUUUUUCACAGUUCACCAGUUCCCACCCCUGCUUAUUAAAGUUUUCAGAAAUUGUUGAGUGAUGAUUGAGCAUGGGCAGUUUAACAAAAUUGUAAGCUUUUAUUGAAUAUGGUGCAAUAUGAUACUUAGUGGGAGUGCAAUACCAUUUAGAAUGGAAACCCAAGUGUUGUUACACUGUCCAGUCAGUAGCUGUCUAUACUAGGAAUAAUGUAGUGACAGUCGGUUAUAUUUGCCCCCGUUACUUGUACAUCAAAGGUUGUUCUAUGGAAAUAUUCUUUGCUGCUUGUUGGAAGGUGUAACCGCUGUGGCAGCAGUGAGUUUCCCUAUUUGCUAACUAGACCAAUUGUGAAAAUAUUUUCUUCUGUUUUAAUUUGACAAACAUUUCUCACAAACAUGGAUGGUGAUGAUAUGAAAGGUGAAGCCGCAGUAUUUCUAUUUCGGUGUGGGACUACUUGACAGGACUGUGCUCCACCUUUGCUGUCAGUUGAGCUAUUUUGGUAUCACCCGAGCCCUGCAGUAUAUGUCAGGUAAUCAUCCCCCACAUGAGGUUAUACACUCAGAAGACACAUUAUAAUUACACCAGUAAAACUUGGUGUAUGUGGCUUUACACAUCCCCAUUGAGCCUAGCAGUGCACUCACUCUGGGUUGAAAAAUCCCCCCAUUGACUCGGGUGGGAUACAAACCCAUAAUCUACUAGCCUAGAGGCCGAUGGCAUAACCACUACACCACCGAGGCAGGUAAAUGUCAGAAUCUUGUAAAACGAUCUGAAUUGUCAUUAAAAUAAAUAUUCCUUUCCUUUGAUUUUACCAUAAUGGUUGUACAUAGUUCAUGAUGUUUUUAACCUUCAGCACUUUUUGUUAGUUGUAAAGUUUUCUUUGUCAGCACUAUAUUUUUAACUAUUGCACUAUUUCAGUAGAACACCUUAGUUGAGUGGAAACACUUCUAGUCAAAAGGUUUAAAAUAAACUAAAAUAAGGAUCCUAUCGGGACCUGUUGUAUAAGUUUCUUUUCUACUUAGCCUGACCUCUGACCUAUUGCAUAUUUCAUUUCCCCUAUCUAAGUCGACUGAUCUGAACAUCCCAGCUGCAAAUUGACUGAAAAUCUUCAGGGAUGUGAGAGCUACGUGGAAAGGCGCUUUUCUCUUUCAUACAAAAACAUGAUGUUCAAUACUGUUGACCACACACGGUUCAUUUGCAUGUUUUCACAGUUUCAAGUUUAUGAUGUGUGC